GCGAACUACACAAGCAGGGAGAGCAACUUUUCCAGGAUAUGGACUAUAAAGACUCUUGCCAAGUGAUAUCCAAGGUCCAGAACGCACUGCACAAGCCAAGUUCCAAGCAACUCCAGCAUGCAUUCUACCUUCCUUUCCUCGGUGCUCUCUGCGCUGGCUCUUUCUCGCUUGGCGAGUGGCGUUGCGGUGAACUCUUUGAGCCGCCGUGCAACGAAGGCGGUCACUCUCGACAUCGUCAACACCGAGUUGGCUCCUGAUGGGUUUUCGAGGAGCCUCGUCACUGCUAACGGAACUUACCCCGGUCCUCUAAUUACCGCUACCAAGGGAGACACCCUCGUCGUUACCGUCAACAACCAGUUGACGGAUACGACAAUGCGUCGUAGUACCUCCAUCGACUUCGACGGCAUCUUCUUCGGCACUGAAAAUUCCUACGACGAGGGUACUCCUUUCGUCACUACAUGCCCAAUUGGGCCAAACGCCACCUAUACAUACGAGGUACCACUCAUCAACGACCAGGCUGGAACCUUCUGGUAUCACUCUCAGUUGAGUGUGCAGUACAGUGAUGGUCUCCGUGGCCCACUGGUUGUCUAUGAUCCUGAGGACCCACUGCUCGACCUGUACGAUGUCGAUGGCGAGUCAACGAUUAUUCAACUCGGAGAUUGGUGGCACAACGCUAGUGUUGCUCUCCUCACGGGCUACGUCGCCACCGGUAUCGUCCCAGUCUCGGACAGUGGUACCGUAAACGGGGUCGGACGCUACAACGGCGGCCCAGAGGUUCCCUGGUCCGUGACCACCGUCACUCCUGGUCUCCGCCACCGUCUCCGCAUCAUCAACCAGUCCAUGCGAAACGUAUUUACCUUCUCCAUCGACGGACACAACCUUACCAUUGUGGAGGCCGACGGUGUGGCCACUCAACCAUUGGUCGUUGAUGAAAUCGAAAUUCUCGCUGGCCAGCGCUACUCUGUCAUUCUCAAUGCCGACCAACCCGUUGACAACUACUGGAUCAACGCUCCCUUCGUCGGUGGCGACCCCACUCGUAACCUAAACCAAAACGCCACCCUUUCCCGCGCCAUCUUGCGUUACACUGGCGCUAACGAGAGCGACCCCACUGGUCCGCUGACUCUCGGUCCCGCCAACGGCACUGCUCUCGUUGAGGCUGACCUCCACCCCCUGAUUGCUAGCCCCCCACCCGUUCCCGAUGUCAACAUUUCCCUCAACCUCGUCGUCACCACCGGCAAGGCUCAAUGGAACGUCAACAACGUGUCUUACCUCCCCCCGGAUGUCCCCACUCUCAUUCAAAUCCUGAACGGUGCCAACGACACCGCGGACUUCAACGUCACCGAGAACACGUUCGUUCUUCCCGCUAAUAAGACGAUCCAGAUUGACUUCCCUGCCAACGAUGAUGAUGAGGCGCAUCCCUUCCACUUGCACGGUAACAACUUCUGGGUCAUCAAGUCCAACAGCUCCGAUGUUGUUAACACCGUUGAUCCCGUUGUUCGUGACGUCGUCGGUGUCGGUGCCGCCGGAACUACCCUCAGGUUCAGGACCGAUAACCCUGGCCCCUGGUUCUUCCACUGCCACAUCUUCUGGCAUAUGCAAGCCGGUCUCGCCACCGUCAUGGCCUCCGGCCUCGAUGACACGCGCGCUGGAGUGCAACCAGAUGAUGAAUGGUCGAAUUUGUGCCCGAGCUAUUUCUCACUACCUGAAGAUGAGCAGUGA